GUGCGAUGACGGAGUUUUCCCACGACAUCAUCGUAAAAAGCUUAAGCUCCAAUCUUUUCAGGCUUCCUAGGCUUAAACUCAAUUUAUAGCUAUUGUCAUUACUGAUAAAAGAGCUCGCAUCCCUCCAAAUAAUUCCACUACGGACGACCUUCAACCUCCGCAUUUGUUCGUCAUAUCUCAAGCUUUGACCAAGUAUUUAAGGCUGAUUCCCCUGCAAAAUAUUUAUAAUUGUAGCAAUUCACAGCAACACGGCCCACGCUUGUUGCUGUUUUUUCUGCGACUGCCCCGCCCCCUCCAUUGCUCUUCCGCAAUCGCUACUACCCCGCCAAACUUUUUUUCCUUUUGGCCUUUCCUUACUCGCCCGAGAGCCCAAUCCAAACCUGAAUGAGACGCCCUCUUCCCACUUACAUCUUUUCUUAUUUUUCUUCUUCAUCGUCCCCUUCUGUCUUUCGUCUUCUCCCCGUUUUCUCUCCCAAAAGGUUCUCUUUUCUAGCUUCCAAGAUGUCCUCCCAGCAGAAGAUCGCCAUCGUCUCAGUCUACGACAAGACCGGUCUUCUGGACCUGGCUAAGGGCCUUGUCCAACAGAAUGUUCGAAUUCUCGCUUCUGGAGGCACCUCCAAGAUGAUCCGAGAGUCGGGAUUCCCUGUCGAGGACGUCUCUGCCAUCACCAAGGCCCCCGAGAUGCUUGCCGGUCGCGUCAAGACGCUUCACCCUGCCGUCCAUGCAGGUAUCUUGGCCCGUGAUCUCGCCUCCGACGAGAAGGACCUCGCCGAGCAGAACAUAAACAAGGUCGAUUAUGUCAUCUGCAACCUCUACCCCUUCAAGGAUACCGUCGCCAAGAUCAACGUCAGCAUCCCUGAGGCCGUUGAGGAGAUUGACAUUGGUGGUGUUACUCUUAUCCGUGCUGCCGCCAAGAACCACAAGCGCGUCACUAUCCUCAGCGACCCUAACGACUACGCUGGCUUCCUCAAGGAGCUCGAGAAGGGCGAGAUCACUGAGGCCAGCCGUAACCGCUAUGCCCUCAAGGCUUUUGAGCACACUGCCGACUACGAUGCUGCUAUCUCCCAGUUCUUCCGCAAGGAGUACGCCGGCAACGGCGAACAGUACAGCGCCCUUCGAUAUGGCGCCAACCCUCACCAGAAGCCUGCCGCCGCCUAUGUUUCCGAGGGCAACCUGCCCUUCAAGGUUCUGUGCGGCUCACCCGGCUAUAUCAACCUCCUCGACUCCCUUAACGCCUGGCCUCUGGUCAAGGAACUCAAGAAGGCUCUUGGUAAGCCUGCUGCUGCCAGCUUCAAGCACGUCUCUCCCGCUGGUGCUGCCAUCGGCCUGCCCCUUACCGAGGACGAGAAGAAGGUCUACUUUGUCCAUGACAUCGAGGGUAUUGAUGAGUCUAGCCUCGCCCAGGCCUAUGCUCGUGCCCGAGGAGCCGAUCGCAUGAGCAGCUUUGGCGAUAUGAUCGCUCUCAGCGAUGUUGUUGACGUUCCUACUGCGCGCAUCAUCUCCAAGGAGGUCUCCGAUGGUGUUAUUGCUCCUGGCUACGAGGAUGCCGCUCUUGAGAUCCUCAAGAAGAAGAAGGGUGGACGAUACCUUGUUCUUCAAAUCGACCCCGAAUACAACCCUCCUGCUACCGAGACCCGCACCGUCUACGGCAUCAACCUCCAGCAGCACCGCAACGAUGUCGAGAUCACCCCCAAACACUUCAGCACAAUCAUCACUCCGAAGGACACUGCUUCUCUCCCAGAGAGCGCCGCUCGCGAUCUGACCAUUGCCACCAUUACUCUUAAGUACACCCAAAGCAACUCGGUGUGCUACGCAUACAAUGGCCAGGUUGUUGGUCUCGGUGCUGGCCAACAGUCCCGAAUUCAUUGCACUCGACUUGCCGGUGAUAAGGCCGACAACUGGUGGAUGCGCUUCCAUGAGCGUGUUCUCGGCAUCAAGUGGAAGAAGGGUACCAAGCGACCUGACAAGAGCAACGCCAUCGACCUGCUCGUCAGUGGCCAGCUCCCUAAGGACGGUCCUGAGCGCGAAGCUUUUGAGGGUGUCUUCGAGGAGGUCCCAGCUGCCUUCACCCCUGAGGAACGUGAGGCUUGGAUGAAGCAGCUCAAGGAUGUUUGCGUUUCCAGCGACGCUUUCUUCCCCUUCAUUGACAAUGUCUUCCGCGUUGCUCAGUCAGGGGCCAAGUAUGUUGCCGCUCCUGGCGGUAGCCAAAAUGAUGCCGCCGUAUUCGAUACCGCUGAGAAGCUGGGCAUUACCUUUGUUGAGCAGAACAUUCGUCUGUUCCACCACUAAGUGAUACCUCAUCCAAAGUUUUUUUCAGUUUUUUUUUUUUUUUUUUUGCAAUUUGAUAUGGAAAUGGAAUUGGAAAAGUAAAAAAGGGCUGAAAGUUUUGGCCUGGAAAAGAAGGAUUCCCAGAGAUUGUGAUCUGUACGAUUGCGAUAUUGUAUAUAUGAUAGACUUAACGCCGCGCCCAGACGCUCACUUCAACGUGAUGAUGAUUUAAACCAUUUGUAAAAGCUUUCCGUCCCUGUCCAUUUCUCCCCUCUCGCUCAAAAGUCGGUUUACGCGAGACCGUGAACCCAGCCCAAAUUAUCUAUCCCCUUUGCUCCGUUUCAUUGUUGUCAUGAUCUUGACACCAAGCGCAAAUAAAAACCAGAUGAACCUCAAAUCGUAUUGCUUCCAUGCACCCAUUCCGUAUUAACCAUUUAUGCCCUUAAUCCUCAAUAUCAUCAUCACUCAGCACCAAUUUCUGAGCGAGAAGCCCCGACACAUUUCCUUCCUUUAUACCCGCACUUCUCUUCCGGGGACUCAUUUCCUCUGAUGGCUUAUCUGUUGCCCAAGCUUCUCCCGGCUGCAUGUCGUCAUCUGCGUCAGACUCUUCAUCGGCAGCAUUAAUGCCUUUAAAUGCAACCACCUUCUCAAGUUCGCGCAAACGGAAGCUUGGUGUCUUUCGAGCACGAGCUAUGUGCGCCAUAUAUGGGAGACGCUCAAGGAGCAUCUCGCGCCGGGCUGCACUGCCAAGUGAGAGAAGCGGCGGACUAUCAGGAUCGUCUUCUUGCUGCUGCUGCUUUACCAUAGCUUGACGAUUUAGUUGCUUACGCUGCAUCCAGGAAGUCUCGCCAGAGGAUUGCUGAGGACGACGAAACGCUGUGGCUCCAUCGGUGAGAUUUUUCGUUGCUCCGUCAUCGCCUUUAAGUAGUUUUGUAGACCACAUAUCCACAAACCCUUCUAACUCUUCCUUGGCUCGCCAGAGUUUCAGACUCGUUGGGUAGAACAUCUUGAAGGCGUCGCUGCCCUUGGACAUGGUUGAUGAUUUGCGCUUAACAGGGUUAGGAAGUGAGAAUAACAUGCCCCUGACAGCUACCUGGAAAGUUAUUUCGUCCUGUCGUAGCACAUGGCUGCCAGAGUCUGGGCCUGAAAAGCCACCUCUGCCGCCGAAGAAGAUAUCUCUUGAUGGUGAGAGGAGAUCUGCUUGUGACAGAUACUCGAUACAGUCAUUAACGUAGUCCAUUGGUGUUGACAAGUCCAUAGGAUCUGUGCUCUCACAGGAUAGAACGUAGUUUUCAUGUAAUGCCGAAACAAAAGUAUGUGUAUCUGUACCCGUCUCAUCGAUAAGCGUGUCAACAGACACUUGUGAGCGUUUCGGUCUCGAGAAAUGCGAAAGGAAGCUUGGAAGAUUCUCGACAUUGUCACCUCCUCGUGGAGGAAGUUCGUCUCGUUUGUUGUAGACAACCUUUCCAACAGCAUGGAAAAUACCUAGACUCGCUUCACGUUGAGAUACUUGUUCCAGACUCUCCUCUUCGCCUUGUGUGAGCUUGAUAGCAUCUUUCGCGCCCUUGGUCUGCUUUGUGAGCACGACUUUGUUGCCCCAAUCUCCUUGCUGGUCACCUUUCAGACACAGGAACUCGAGAGAUGACACGGCGUUUCUGAUGUCUCCAAUUUCACCAAGGCGUUUUAGAACUUGAGGGCCUGGUGUUUUCCUGCGACCAGAUUUUCUGGCCUCUUUCUGAACAACGAGCUCGAGUGCCUUCAGGAGUAACGACGGGGCGAUGGCAUUGAACUCAAUCAUACCAACCCCUGGAUGUUGCAAGAUUUCGGGCCCCAAAAGUCGAUGGGCAGUAAAACUGUCCGCCGAUGCAGAAGUUGUAGUCAGAUGAGUUUCUGAAAUGAUCAUGACCACUGGCGUUAUGGGCUCAUGCUGCGAGGGCGUCGCAAACAUGGAUAAAGAGGGUGUACUAUUAGCAAGGUACUGUAAAACGGUGUUCCGGAAGGAUGUUAAAGCCGUUGAAGAUCUUGAAAAUGUGUUAGGAAACUCCUCGAUGAGGAUAACUCGUUUCGAAUCAUCCUUUCGGGUGGUCUGAGAGCUGUUCUGGGUCGAUGACACUGAAGUAUCGGUCUCUAAUGCUCCAAAUUUACCACCACGCCCAAGAAACUCUUGAAAUUGCGCAGAUGCUGAAACGAAACCCAGUCCAGAGCUUCCCGCAGGAUUUCGCCAUUCAAGAAGCUCACUACCCAUGUCGUUUGCCAGAAGUCGCAUAGUCGUUGUCUUUCCGGACCCAGCAGUGCCUUUGAGAAUAAGCAGACGCUGGCGCAUGCGCCCAGCUAUCACAUCCUCCAACCACCGCCUCACAUCGGAGACUUUUUUCUUGUGAACUGCUAAUUCCUCCAGAUUUCGAGGUCCAAAUCGUUCUGACCAAGGGCGUGCGUCGUCAUUUGGCCUAGCUAUAGGUACUGGCUUAGGUGGUUUGAUGAACUUUUGGCUGGCGCUGGGUGCACUAGACAACGACGAUUGCGAGUCGUUUCGCAAUCUCUUCUUAGCAUGCUGUCCAACUAAGCUUGCAGAGCUUGCCUUAUGUUCCGAAAUCUCAUCAUCCUCUGAGAUAGGAUCACUGAUGAUAUCUUCAUGAGGAACGGAUCGCCUAUCUCCAGCACUCGACCGCGCAGCCCUUUGUGCCUGGUUCGAAAAGAGCGUCUUCAAAUCAGCUGUCUUUCCCGUAUCUGCUGCUUUGCCAACAUCCUUGGUACGCUUCGCGCUUGGACUCGUGCUAUUGCUCUUCGCUUGCGCUCGACGAGGCAGCCGAAGUGAGCCAUUCUUGGUUGGCUUGUUGUCAACGAUCUUAGGUUUUGUCGGGCUCGGUGAAGCUGUAGUGACGCGGCUUUUCGUAGAGGAGCUUGGUGAAGUAAUCAGAAACUUGGUCAGGGUGUUUGCACGGGGCGGUUCGUCUUCAUCGUCCGAAGCGUCAACGACAUUCCGCCGGCGGCGCUUCGCGGGCGGAGCCAUCAGCGCAGAGGGUGCAUUUGCAGCAACAGCAUAACGUUCUGAAUGGGUACGCGAUCGAGUUGGAGGGUGCGUGUUGGAGAUUUUCGCAUGCCGUGGGGAGAUGGUGAUGAUGCUGUUGACUAUCUGAUAGCUUUGAUGGAGCGUUAUCGUGCA